GGCCGGACUGAUGUUGUCAAGCAUCCUUACUUGCCUCUUGAUCCUCGCCGCGACUGUCCCUGCUCUGCAACAGCCGGCGUUGGGCCAGUCUGGCUCUGAGAGCGAUCAUCAAGCCUUUCUCCAGGCAGGGCCCCCGCACUGCGCGUCUCACGAUGCCUACGGCUGCACCCAUGUGGUCGACCUCGUCCCAUGCAUCGCAACGUCAGAUGCUUCCGGUCCAUAUGCCUCGUCGAGUAUAAAUACGACGCCGGUAUGUCGCUCGCUCCAGCAUCGGCACCUUCAGCAAGAUGCGUCUCUCACUCUCGUACGCCCUUGGCCUCGCCGCCGCCGCCGUCGCUCAGACGAACGUGAGCUCGUACAUCGCGACCGAGUCUCCCAUCGCAAAGGCCGGCGUGCUUGCCAACAUCGGUUCCAGUGGGUCCCUCUCCUCAGGUGCCAAGCCGGGUGUCGUCAUUGCUAGCCCGAGCACGGUCAACCCUAACUACCUCUACACCUGGACGCGAGACUCGUCGCUCACGUUCAAGGCGCUCAUUGACCAAUAUGUCAACGGUCAGGACGAUACGCUGGGGCCUCUGAUCGACGACUUCACCGAGGCCGAGGCCACCCUCCAGCAGAUCGACAACCCUAGUGGUUCCGUGAGCACUGGUGGUCUCGGAGAGCCAAAGUUCAACGUCAACGAGACUGCCUUCACCGGUGCGUGGGGCCGUCCGCAGCGUGAUGGUCCUGCUCUGCGUGCCACCGCAAUUUUAACCUACGCAACCCAUCUUUGGAACAGCGGGAACACAACCUACGUGACCAACACUCUCUGGCCAAUCAUUGAGCUCGAUCUCAACUAUGUCGCGGAUAAUUGGAACCAGUCCACCUUUGACCUGUGGGAGGAGGUCGAGUCGUCGUCGUUCUUUACCACUGCUGUGCAACACCGCUCCCUGCGUGAGGGCAUCAUCUUCGCAAACCUCACCGGCAAGACCUCGGAUGUGAGCAACUGGGAGACCCAGGCCGAUUCACUCCUUUGCUUCUUGCAGUCCUAUUGGAAUCCCACCGAUUCGUACAUCACGGCUAACACCGGCGGUGGUCGGUCCGGCAAGGACGCGAACACCGUCCUGGCUUCGAUCCACACCUUCGACCCGGCUGCAGGUUGCGACGACGCGACGUUCCAGCCCUGCUCUGACAAGGCCCUGUCGAACCUGAAGGUGUAUGUUGACUCGUUCCGGCCCAUCUACACCAUCAACGACGGCAUCUCGUCCGACGCCGCCGUUGCUACCGGUCGGUACCCCGAAGACUCGUACUACAACGGAAACCCCUGGUACCUCUGCACGCUCUCGGUCGCCGAGCAGCUCUACGAUGCGCUCAUCGUCUGGGACGCGCUCGGCGAGCUCAACGUCACCUCGACCUCGCUCGCGUUCUUCCAGCAGUUCGAUGCCUCCGUGGCCGCCGGCACCUACGCCUCGGACUCGGCCGAGUACAGCACGCUCAAGAGCGCAGUGCAGUCGUUCGCGGACGGCUUCGUCGACAUCGUCGCCACGUAUACCCCGUCGAACGGCUCGCUCAGCGAGCAGUACAGUAAGGCGGACGGAACCCCGCUCAGCGCGUACGACCUGACUUGGAGCUUCGCCUCCGCGCUGACCGCGUUCGAGGCACGCGCGGGAAAUAAGUACGGCAGCUGGGGCGCGGCGGGCCUUAACGCGACCUGCUCCGGAGGUAGCGGUAGCGGCGGCGACACCGUUGCGGUGACUUUCACUAUCGACUACGAUACUCAGUACGGACAGAACCUCUACAUCACCGGCUCCGUCUCCGCGCUCGAGGACUGGUCCUCCAGCAACGCGCUGCUCUUGUCUUCUGCAGACUACCCGACCUGGAGCAUCACCGUUGACCUGCCCGCGAGCACGACCAUCCAGUACAAGUACCUUGUGAUCGACGGCUCCGACGUCACCUGGGAGAGCGACCCGAACAACGCGAUCACGACGCCCGCGAGCGGCAGUGUGACCCAGGCGGACAGCUGGCACUGAGCGGAUUGUGCUUUGUGUACCAUCAUUGUGUAUGUACGAUGGUGUUGUAAAAAGCAUCGGCACUCUGCGGCCGACCGUGACUGUGUUAUAGGGCCCUGCCUGUCGUUCACAAAAAUGUU